GAUGUACACCACACACACACAUCACUGAUUAAAACAGAAACUGAUCUGGGCUCCACCCACACUGGAGAUCUUUUUGAGACUGUGAACAUAGAUGAUAAAGAGCUGGGAUGUGUAGCCCAUCUGCAGCCUGACCAAAUCAAAACAGAGACUGAUGAUGGAGGAUACCUUAAGACAGAACACAUCAGUGACUUGCAGGAUAUUAAUAUGAAAUCUGAUAAAAUGAAGUGUGAAUCAAGUGAAAGUUUAGUGAGUGAUCUCAUGAAUACUGUGAUGAACAGCGCUGGUCUUGAUCAUGAAGACGAGCCCAAACCACUGCAAUAUACAGGAGAGCCAAAUCCAAACUGUAAAAAAGAAGAAAUUCAUGAUCUGCUGAUCCAAUAUGGGGACUUAAAUCAUCACUGUGACGCAAACAGUGAAAAUAAUCAGAUUUGGAUUGUCCAGAAAUGUUCAGACGGUAGCAGCAUAUAUGUACCCUGUCAGAGAAUGAGUGUGAUGAUAGAACCCAUGGUGGUUAAUUCUAGGAAAAUGCCAGGUCUUUUGAAUUUUUUUCAAAAAAAUAGAAUUAAUGCAGGUGAAAAGCCCUACAAGUGUCCAUACUGUGAGAAGUGUUUUAAGGCCAAGUGGGGUUUAAAUCAACACCUGAGAAUUCAUACAGGUCAAAAGCUAAACCGGUGUACACAUUGUGAGAAGUGUUUUACUUCAAAAUCUUCUUUGAAGGCACACCUGAGAAUUCAUACAGGUGAAAAGCCAUACAAAUGUAUUCAGUGUGGCAAGUGUUUUUCCCAAAUUUCUAAUUUAAAUUGCCACCAGAAAAAUCAUACAGGUGAAAAACCCUACAAGUGUCCAUACUGUGAUAAGUGUUUUAAGACCAAAUGGUAUUUAAUUCAGCACCUGAGAAUUCAUACAGGUCAAAAGCUAUACCGGUGUACACAUUGUGAGAAGUGUUUUAAUACUAAAUUUGGUUUAAAAAUACACUUGAGAAUUCAUUCAGGUGAAAAUCUGUACAAGUGUACACAGUGUCAGAAGUGUUUUAUUGCAAAAUCUUCUUUAAGUAGACACCUGAGAAUUCAUAUAGGGGUUAAGCCCUACAAAUGUUCUCAGUGCGGGAAGUGUUUUCGUGAAAAAUAUGAUUUAAAUAAGCACUUGAAAAUUCAUACAGGUCAAAAGCUAAACCGUUGUACACAUUGUGAGAAGUGUUUUACUUCAAAAUCUUCUUUGAAGGCACACCUGAGAAUUCAUACAGGUGAAAAGCCAUACAAAUGUAUUCAGUGUGGCAAGUGUUUUUCCCGAGUUGCUAAUUUAAAUUGCCACCAGAGAAUUCAUACAGAUGAAAAACCCUACAAGUGUCCAUACUGUGAGAAGUGUUUUAAGACCAAAUGGUAUUUAAAUGAGCACCUGAAAAUUCAUACAGGUGAAAAGCCAUACAAAUGUAUUCAGUGUGGCAAAUGUUUUCCCCGAAUUGCUAAUUUAAAUUGCCACCAGAGAAGUCAUACAGAUGAAAAACCCUACAAGUGUCCAAAAUGUGCGAAGUGUUUUAAGACCAAAUGGUAUUUAAAUGAUCACCUGAGAAUUCAUACAGGUGAAAUGCCAUACAAAUGUAUUCAGUGUGGCAAGUGUUUUCCCCGAAUUGCUAAUUUAAAUUGCCACCAGAGAAGUCAUACAGAUGAAAAACCCUACAAGUGUCCAUACUGUGAGAAGUGUUUUAAGACCAAAUGGUAUUUAAAUGACCACCUGAGAAUUCAUACAGGUGAAAAGCCAUACAAAUGUAUUCAGUGUGGCAAGUGUUUUCCCCGAAUUGCUAAUUUAAAUUGCCACCAGAGAAGUCAUACAGAUGAAAAACCCUACAAGUGUCCAUACUGUGAGAAGUGUUUUAAGACCAAAUCGUAUUUAAAUGACCACCUCAGAAUUCAUACAGGUCAAAAGCUAAACCGGUGUACACAUUGUGAGAAGCGUUUUAGCAGUAAAUUUGGUUUAAAAAUACACUUGAAAAUUCAUUCAGGUGAAAAUCUGUACAAGUGUACACAGUGUCCGAAGUGUUUUACUGCAAAAUCUUCUUUAAGUAGACACCUGAGAAUUCAUAUAGGGGUUAAGCCCUACAAAUGUUCUCAGUGCGGGAAGUGUUUUAAUGAAAAAUUUGAUUUAAAAACGCACUUGAGAAUUCAUACAGGUGAAAAGCCUUACGAAUGUAUUCACUGUGGGAUGUACUUUUCCCAAAUAUCUAAUUUAAAGACCCAUCAGAAGAAUCAUACUGGUGCAAAGCCCUAACAUGAUUGUCUGCGUGGGAAAUGUUUUUCCACAAUAUUCCAUUUAAAUUGCUACCAGAGCAUUCAUACUGGUGAAAAGCCCUGCAUGAGUACUUAGUGUGGGAUGGUGUAUUUUCUAAAGAAUUUACAGUAGAUGCUUCAUGGUGGUGAAAAACCCUACACAUGUACAGUGUGGGAAGUGUUUUAUACAAAAGGUAACUAAUAUUAACGUGUGAAAAGCCCAACAGAUGUUUUGUGUGGGAAGUGUUUUUUCCAAGUGCUUUUUGAGUAAGUCAUUUAAAUGACUGCCAUCUAAACUUGAUACAUAUUCUCAGAAAAAAGUUAUGAAAAAUUGUCUGAAACAAGGGUGGUGCCCUCUAGGUACAUAAAAUUGCAUUCCUAGCCAGUCAUAUAUAAUUCAUUUGUGCCUUUUUUGUUUGUAAAACCUACUUAUUAUGGCCCAAAUUGACCAUUAUUCUACUUUGUGUAAAUUUUUGAAAAGGGUUCCUUAAAGAACAAAAAUAUAGAUCCACUGUACCUGUUCCACUGUAUUGCAGGUGAGAAGUCUUUCAAAUGUACUCAGUGUUUAAAAAAAAAAAAAAAAAAAAAAAAAUCUAAUUUUCAUGACCAAAAGACAACUCCUUCAGGUGAAGACCCUGUCAGCCGUACUCAUUGUGGGAAGCGUUUCAUGAUAGCGUCCUUUAUAUGAUGCAAUUUGUACAGGAAGCGUUCCAGAUAUCCAGCAAAUUUAGAACAACCUGAUGACUCAGUCAUCACAUUUUUUUUAAAGACAGUGCUUUAAAAAUUCUUAUUUUGUGUAUAUUUACUUGUUGAAUGAUGAAUAAAAUAUGGUGACAACCA